UCUCGCGUUCGAAAGCAUGCGUUGGUUGGGAGCUGCCUGGCCCCGUCAGGCCAAUGUUGAUUGUUUCGUCCCGCAAGACAAAGACGGGACUACCGAACAAGAACAACAUGACAGAUAACAGACGGCUCGGCAGCUCUUUGAUCGCGCGGAUGGGAACAAAACAGGACGGCGAGCCGUUUGCCUCAACUGUGACUCCAUGCAUUCUGCCAUAAUUCCCACGGUGAAGCUACGAGUAAAUAAUAAGGGCCGACUCGCCUUCUGUUUAUCUCGCCACUCGCGCCGGGGUGCGAGUUCGGCCGUUCAACCCAACCAAGGACCCAUCGUGCAGCUUCUACCACAGCACUAGCCACUCCGGACAAGCACUCAACGAUGGCGGCGGGCCACCUCGAGCCCGCAGUGCGCCAGAGGAGCCCCAUGCCCAACGGCUACGUGUUCGUGCCCAAGGGCGACGUCUACAUCACGGCCAACGUCCGCCGACGGACCCACGCCGCGGGCUCGACCCUAUACGUGGUGACCAGCGAGGACAGGAAGAAGCAGCUGGGCCUGCGCUGCCCGGGCGCCAUCCACGAGGCCGUCCUGGCCGACUCGCAGGCCACCGCCGCGGCGCGCGCGGCGGUCGUGCGCAGCCGCGACGAGGUCGCGGAGCGGACCUUCGAGGAGGCCAUGCUGGGCCUGUUCCCGAACAUCCCCAAGGCCGAGGUGCCGGCGAUCCUGAGGCGGACGCUCGAGAAGCGGAGUCGGAGGGUCGGGAGGACCGGGAGGCUCGAGAUGGAGGCGAAGGUGCGGCUGGCGGUGCUGGCGCACAUACGGCACGGACAUACCCCGUACCAUGGCUUGUUGAAGGACGGGAUGCCCCGCCAUGCUGCCAGGCGGAAGAUCGCCAGGGAAAUCAACAAGGUUGCGCUGCAAUGGGGGCGCGAGUCGGACGCCCCUUUGGUUCGCAUGCGAAAGGACAAGAAGGACCACACCGAGAAGGAGGAGGAGGCUGGGAAUGCAGACGAGAAACGAGCCAAGAAAGCGGCAAGGAGAACAACUAGGAGAGCAGCCAGGAGAGCAGCCGGAAAAGCAGUUGCAAAAGCAGCUGUGCAAUCAAUUGCAACACGGUCUUUAAGACUUCGCUCUGGAAAGCGCGUCGAAGUGCCGGAGGUGGACGUGGAUGCAGAGGAAGAAGAGGAAGAAGAAGAUGGGGACCAGUACAUGGACGAAGACAUGGACGAUGAGGACGAUUCUUUUAUUGUUGAGGAAGACCUCGAAGACACUGACGAUGACUGGACUCUAUGACACGGCCGGAUGCCACUAGUACCGCAGCGGGAAAGCGGGAUAAAUGGACAAAUGAUUACCUCGACACAGGGUCUCGAGGAGAUCGGACGCCAACUGGGCUCACUAGCCCACAGAGAACGGACGGGAACCGGACGUGGAUGGUGUUGUAAAGUGCAUGCAUGAGCUGCGCACGGCAUAACCGCUGUACUGGGUCUUGUUCUAUUGGGUGUAUGCGAGGGUGGCUGUUGGCCCGCUAGACCCUCUGUCCAACGGUCGAGACCCGAAUCCGGCGUGUUGCCAGCCCCGCCGCAGUGCGGGUGCAGCGAUAGAGCUGAGUGUAAGACAGACGGUCAGCCGGGCAGUUAGGCAGUCUGUGUAUUUAUUCAUGCCCUCAAUUCCAGUAGAAUCUUCAAGUAGAUGACGUAUUGGGAAAAUCAUGACAAUACUUAAUGAGGAGG